GUGUAUCUUCCGAGGAUAUUUUCUUGGUGUCAACGUAACAACCGAUAAAUAUAUAGUCCAUUACAGGUAGUCCAACGUUCAAGGAAAGUGGGAAAUAUUUCAUCAACGCAUUCAAGCCAAAGCAGAACCGGCAGAAGAACCCUCUAGUAGGCGGUGCUUGUGGAACAGCUGUUUGUGUGUUUGUGUUUGUGGUGGGAUAGUACAGCGAAAUGAUUUCGCUGCUCCCAAGAGGAUUUCUCAGUAGACAGACAGCCCUUGGAGCUCUCCAUAAGCUACUCUCUAUUCCUCAGAAAAGAACAUACCAUGAGGUAACAGGGGAUAUAAUCUGCCCUUCCAUGGUGCAAGGUAUUGAUCACCUCAGAGAUCCAAGAUUGAAUAAGGGUCUUGCAUUUACACUGCAGGAGAGACAACAACUGGGUAUCCAUGGUUUGAUGCCAGCAAGAUUCAAAACACAGGAAGAGCAGCUGGAACUGUGUAAAACAAGUGUGGAGAGGUACCAGGAAGACUUAAACAAAUAUCUGUAUCUUGUAGAGUUACAGGAUCGUAAUGAACGCUUGUUUUUCCGUCUUCUUGCGGAGAAUGUGGAACAGAUGUUGCCAAUUGUAUAUACUCCUACUGUUGGCCUGGCGUGUCAGAAGUUUGGGCUCAUUUACCGAAGGCCUAGAGGACUCUUUAUUACAAUUAAUGACAGAGGAUAUUGUUAUGAUGUCCUUAAAAAUUGGCCAGAACCAGACGUCCGUGCCAUUGUUGUGACUGAUGGUGAACGAAUUCUUGGACUAGGAGACUUGGGUGCAUGUGGUAUGGGUAUUCCUGUGGGCAAGUUAGCCCUGUACACAGCUUUAGCGGGCAUCAAGCCACAUCAGUGUUUGCCCAUCACUCUCGAUGUGGGCACAAACAACCAGCAACUCUUGGAUGAUCCCCUGUAUGUUGGGCUGCGUCACAAACGAGUCACAGGUGCUGCUUAUGAUGACUUCAUCGAUGAAUUUAUGCAAGCUGUCGUCAAAAGAUACGGACAGAACACUCUAAUUCAGUUUGAAGACUUUGGAAAUCACAAUGCCUUCCGUUUCCUGGAUAAGUACCGAGACCGGUAUUGCACAUUCAAUGAUGACAUCCAGGGAACUGCAUCAGUAGCUGUUGCUGGUCUCUUGUCAUCUCGCCGUAUCACGAACAAUCACUUGUCUGACAACAAGUUCCUGUUUCUGGGAGCAGGAGAAGCAGCAAUAGGAAUUGCAGACCUGACAGUAAAAGCAAUGCAAGCAGAGGGAACAUCUUUACAGGAUGCCCGGGACAAGAUAUGGAUGGUGGACAUUGAUGGACUACUGGCUAAAAACAGGCCGGAAGGCAGACUUGAAGGUCACAAAAUGUUCUAUGCGAAAGACCAUGCUGUUGUGAAGAAUCUUAGAGAAGUUGUAAGUGAAAUAAAGCCAUCGGUUUUGAUUGGAGCAUCUGCUGCAGGAGGUUCAUUCACACCGGAGAUCCUCCGUGAUAUGGCAUCCUUCAAUGAACAUCCUGUCAUCUUUGCUCUUAGUAACCCAACUAGUAAAGCAGAAUGUACAUCAGAACAGGCUUAUGUAAAUACUAGUGGAAGAUGCAUUUUUGCUAGUGGGUCUCCAUUUCCUCCUGUCACACUUAAUGGUAAAACAUUUUAUCCUGGGCAAGGAAAUAAUGCGUACAUCUUUCCUGGUAUUGCUCUUGGAGUCAUCUGCACUGGUAUUCACCAUAUUAAGGAAGAAUUGUUCCUUAUUGCUGCACAGACUCUUUCCGAUCAUGUGGAUGAAGGAGACAUUAAAAAAGGCAGCCUCUAUCCUCCUUUGGGAAUGAUAAGGGAGUGCUCAAUCAAGAUUGCAACACGCAUUGCACAGUAUGCCUAUGAGAAAGGUUUGGCAUCAACAUAUCCAGAACCAGAAGACAAGCGGGCCAUAGUGGAAGCAGCGAUGUACAACCACAAUUAUGACUGCCCGCUGCCUGCUGUAUAUCCAUGGCCUGAGCUACCUACACUGAAAAAUGCUAAGAUUGGGAAGACUAGUAAGGCUAGAAGUAUUGAAAUUUAGACUAGUAUUUACAUGUUCCAGAACCGUGUGUUUCAUCACCUGACUUUACCAUCUGUUGCAGCAGUAAACGGGAUAUCUUGUUCACUCUAUUAAAAUAUAGUCAUGAAAAAAUUUCAAAAUUAAAUUUCUGAAGAACUACGGUUGAAAGGCAGUAACAUUCAGGAUAUUAGUCUUUAUAUCAAGAUUUAAAGAAGCAAAUGGAAACCUAGCAUUUAUAUGGUAACAAUAAGUUUUUGUGGUAAGGAGCAACGAAAUUCUUAUUGGCUUCUUACAGUCUUCAUUAUUUCAAUAUUAAAUUUUCCUCCGUUUAUUUUUAUUAUUUGUGGCUCCAGAAUAUUGUUGGGUGCAGGCUUCCUAUUCUUAUUGAAUGGCAGAAAUGGUAAUAUGAGGAUGAAAGAAAAUACGAGAAAGGACAAUAUAUUGGAGAUAUGACAGGCAUUUCUUUUUAUCUUCACACCCUUACCGCUGAUGGUAUGCCCUUGAUCAUGUUUUUAAUUAGAGUUCCAUUUUUUUCCUUCAAAAAUAUUUAUCCUCAGUCUUCUAGACUUAUAACACUUGCAGAAGAAAUGUUUCUAUUAUUGGCUGGGAAUAUAUCCUUUUUAGUGAUGUGUGUUUUCAAAUGUACGUGAUUCUUCUUCUUCUAUGUGCUUGAUAUGUUGAGUUGAUGUAAUAAUAAUGUAUUUCAUUCGCAGUUGUUAAGUACAGUAUCUGAGAAGAUGGUACCACACAUAUUGAAAUAUCCUAGUAAAUUAUUCUACAGGCCUUACCUAAACUUGAGCCGUGGUAACAACACAUACUGUAUUCAUUAUUGAAGUAUUAUAGUCAUCUGUUGAAAUUUUAUUGUAAUGAGCAUGUGCAGUGUUUGAUGUGAGGUAAUUGUACAGUAUUAUAAACAAGUCAAAAUGUUUUUGUUGAGCUUUCUACAAUUGUUAGAAGCAUAGAAGGCUUUAUGAAGAUAAUGGAAUUAUACUUCAGUAUUAUUGAAUUUAGUCAGUGAAUUUUUCUAUUAAUAAGGAAAGUUUAUAGUCAUUGCUUUAUUAAAAUAAUAUUUAUGUUUUAUUCUACACAUAUUUAGUUCCAUUAUUGUUUAUUAAUUUAAAAACAUCAGUUUACUGACUGCAAUUGAAUAGAACAGGGUUUCAAUAAGCAAAUAUUAAUGAUAGUUCUAGGUAAUUAAAAAUAUGUAACAGCAACAUUAUAAAGUGAAAGAUUUGGUGAACACUAAGAGUAAUGUUGGCAAUUGCUUGAAUUAUGAACUAUGGUUUUUAUUCAGUAAAAAUCACAUUUAGUCUUGUUGCAUUUUUCAAAAUGUGUAGAUGCUUAAAAUAUAGGUUUAGUUUUCUUUCAUGUAGUUGUUAUAUUUCAUUGCUGCGCUUAUUUUUGCAUAACAGGAGUGCAAUUUACAAAUUUAUACCUGAAUUUGACAUUCUGUAAAGUAAUAAUUAGAGUAAGCAUUGCAUACUGUUUUCAGUAUAAUUCUGUAGUGCUGCAUCCCAGUGUGUAUUCUUCAAUGUUUAUUCACAAACACUUAGAUUAUGUGUGUAAAAAAGUGAUGAGUGAACAAACAUCAAGUAUUUCAUUAUAAAUUUAAUAGUAUUCUAUAUUAAUUUGUUAGGAUUAGCAACUGAAGUAUCAGAUCAUAACCUCUGCAUUUGUUGUUGUCAUGUAUACUUAUAUUUUUAUAACGUAUGAAGUAGAAAUUGAGUUGCUAGUCAAAAGAUAUAUAGCAGUGGAUAGUGACCACACACAGAACUGGCAUUGAUGUAGGUCAUGUCACACGUCUCCUGUUUUUCACUGUGUCGUUUAAACCUGAUCUGGCCCAGGAAAUUUAAUGACGUGUUAUGAGUUGUUUAACUAAAAUGUCAUAAAAAUAAGGUAAUUUUAUAUGUAAUUAUGAAAUAAUUUUAUUGGCCUUUGUUGUCUGAGCAUACCACUAACCCAGGAGUUAAAAAGCCCAUCUGGAAGCCACUUACUUUCGGGACUUAAUACGCUUUUUGUGUGUGAUGAAGGUUAAUCAUGAAUAGUGUCAGAUGGUAGGAAUUGAGUUUUUCACAGUGGUGAGUCCAAAGAUGGUUAUCUUCUGGGUUGUCACUCCAGUAAUUUCCCUGAUCGUGGAGGCAACUAGAACCUCUGAAACGUUGGUAAACUUUUACAAGACUACAUGGCACUACAACAUACAAGACAGCUAUCUUCAAUGUUAAAUAUAGAUGAAUGUCCCUGAUGUAUGACCUUCGUUGUCUGAAGAUGUGAAAAAUUCUGAAUAGGUAUCUGAUGUGUCACUUCUUGGCUGGUCAGAUAAACAGGGAGACUGAAGAAUCAUGAGCAGUUAAUUGUCUUAAUUAUUAUUUUAUAGAACACCUUAAGAAUGUGUAAAGGGAGAGUAUUAUUAUUAUUGUAGGACACUGAUGUUAAAUUUCAAACUAUGAUGCCAUAUUUAUUGUUAUUCAUGAUCAUCUCUUAAAUUACUUUCUGAAUAUUUCAGUGAAGAUCCUACCACAACUAGGAUUCAGGUAAUAACUGACUGUAAUUUUAUUAUUAUUAAGAAACUGGCUGUAGAGUUAUUUAUUGCUUGUUGAGAGUACAAAUAUGCACCAGUGAACAUCUCAUAAACUCACCAAGUUCUCUGUGUGAUCAUCUUAUUGUAAACAUCUUUGUUGUGCAUGCAGUUGUGAAGAAACCCAUUCCUCUCAAUUUAUGGAGAAAAUAAAAGUAUUCACUUUUUUAAA